GGUGGUGGCAUUCAGCGCGCUGCGCAGGCGUGUUGACGGCCGGGUGGUGCCUUCCUCUUUCCUUCCCAUCUGAGCGUUCGGAGGGUCUGAGGUGCUGCCGCCAUUUUGUCAGGCGUCCCGGUGCCAGCUCGGCCGCGGCCAUGCGUCCCGGAGUGAAGCUGUUCGUGGGGAACGUGCCCGAGGAGGCCACGGCCGAGGAGCUGGGCGAGCUGUUCACGGGCGCGGUGGGGCCGGUGCUCGGCGUGGCCCUCAUGAAGCAGUUCGCCUUCGUGCACCUGCGGGAUGAAGCGGCCGCUGUCCGCGCCAUCGCCCAGCUCAACGGGCACCAGCUGCACGGCCGCCGCAUCGUGGUGGAGCCGUCCCGCCCGCGGCCCACCAACACCUGCAAGAUCUUCGUGGGUAAUGUUUCGGCGGCCUGCACCAGUGGAGAGCUGCGGGCGCUCUUCCAGCAGUACGGGCCCGUGGUGGAGUGCGACGUGGUGAAAGAAUGAUCUGAAUUUAUGAUCUCAAGAAGAACCUGUCCUGCAACCCCAGGAACAAUGUAGACGACUGCUGCACAUUGUGUCUUUGAAAGUCGAAGACUCGAGUUCCUUCGUGCUCCAGUAGGGCUAAGAAUGCCAUAGCAUAUCUGGAAUCGGUUUUUGUUUGCGACUCCUGAUGCUAAUGUCUCUAUUAGUAAGACAUAAGCUGCUCAUGCAGGAUUCCUAAUAAAUGCAAUUCACAAUGACUGUUGCUCAGUAUUGUUUUUAUAACCCGAGCAAUUGCUUUCUCUGAAUAGAAGAGCAAAUGCUCUUUUAUGUAACAUGAAAAUCCUUUUUCUUUUUACACCGGUGUUAAGUUUGCAGUAGAUGUGAUGUUUGAAUCUAUACAUCUGAAAUGAGUUAGUUUUUGUAUUGACUGUAAAUAAAAUGGGGGCUAUUUACAGUUUA